GUUUAUGAGCUGACUUUGCAUCACACACAGCACCAAGACCACAAUGUGGUGACGGGAGCACUGGAACUCUUGCAGCAACUCUUACGCACGCCACCACCCGAGCUGCUGCAAGCAUUGACCAUGCCAGGUGGUCUCUGGCAGCUUGCUGCGGCUCAAGAGGAUGCCCGGGGCCGAGGCCGCAGCGGGAGCAUUGUGGAACUUCUAGCCGGAGGGGGUUCUUCAUGCAGCCCUGUCCUUUCAAGAAAGCAAAAAGGCAAAGUGCUUUUAGGAGAAGAAGAAGCCUUGGAAGAUGACUCAGAGUCAAGGUCAGACGUCAGCAGCUCAGCCUUUGCAGCCUCUGUGAAGAGUGAGAUAGGAGGAGAGUUGGCUGCUUCUUCUGGGGUCUCCACUCCUGGGUCUGUGGGUCAUGACAUCAUCACUGAGCAGCCACGGUCUCAGCACCCACUACAGGCAGACGCUGUGGAUCUGUCUGGCUGUGACCUGACCAGUGCUGCCACUGAUGGGGAUGAGGAGGACAUCUUGAGCCACAGCUCCAGCCAGAUCAGUGCCGUUCCAUCUGACCCUGCCAUGGACCUGAACGAUGGGACCCAGGCCUCCUCGCCCAUUAGUGACAGCUCUCAAACCACCACCGAAGGGCCCGAUUCAGCUGUGACACCUUCUGACAGUUCUGAACUCGUGUUAGAUGGCACUGACAGCCAGUAUUCAAGCAUGCAGAUUGGACAGUCGCAGGAUGAAGAUGAGGAAGCUGCAGGUAUUCUUCCUGGGGAAGCCUUGGAUGCCUUCCAAAACUCUUCCCUGGUACAACAGGCACAUUUAUUAGAAAGCACGGGUCACAGCAGGCAGCCAUCUGACAGCAGUAUAGAUAAAUGUAUGUCAAGAGAAGAAGCAACUGAGCCAAGUGAUCCAGAAAACAAGCCUUGCCGAAUUAAAGGUGACAUAGGACAUUCUGAUGAUGAUGAUUCUGCUCCCCUGGUUCAUUGUGUCCGCCUCUUAUCUGCUUCAUUUUUGUUAACUGGGGAAAAAAAUGCACUGGUUCCAGACAGGGAUGUGAGGGUCAGCGUGAAGGCCCUUGCCCUCAGUUGUAUUGGAGCAGCCGUGGUCCUUCAUCCGGAGUCUUUCUUCAGCAAACUAUAUAAAGUACCUCUUAACACCACAGAAUACCUUGAGGAGCAGUAUGUCUCAGACAUCUUGAACUACAUUGAUCAUGGAGACCCACAGGUCAGAGGAGCCACGGCCAUUCUCUGUGGGACCCUCAUCUACUCCAUCCUCAGUAGGUCCCGCUUCCAUGUCGGGGACUGGCUAGGCACCAUCAGAACCCGGACAGGAAAUGGAUUUUCUCUGGUGGACUGCAUUCCUCUGCUGCGGAAAACUUUGAAGGAUGAGUCUUCAGUUACCUGCAAGUUGGCUUGUACAGCUGUGAGGCACUGUAUCAUGAGUCUCUGCAGCAGCAGCUACAGUGACUUAGGAUUGCAGCUUCUUAUCGAUGUGCUGACUCUGAGGAACAGUUCCUACUGGCUGGUGAGGACAGAGCUGUUGGAAACUCUGGCAGAGAUUGACUUUAGGCUGGUGAGCUUUUUGGAGGCAAAAGCAGAAAGCUUGCACAGAGGGGCUCAUCAUUAUACAGGGCUUUUAAAACUGCAAGAACGAGUACUCAAUAAUGUGGUCAUCUGUUUGCUUGGGGAUGAAGACCCCAGGGUGCGACAUGUUGCUGCUGCAUCAUUAGUAAGGCUUGUCCCAAAGCUGUUUUAUAAAUGUGACCAAGGUCAGGCUGAUCCGGUAGUGGCUGUGGCAAGAGAUCAAAGCAGUGUUUACCUGAAACUCCUCAUGCACGAGACACAGCCUCCAUCACACUUCUCCGUCAGCACUAUAACCAGAAUCUAUAGAGGGUAUAGCUUACUACCAAGCAUAACAGAUGUCACCAUGGAAAACAACCUCUCAAGAGUUAUUGCUGCGGUUUCUCACGAACUGAUCACAUCAACCACGCGGGCUCUCACAUUUGGAUGCUGUGAAGCUUUGUGCCUCCUCUCAGCAGCCUUUCCAGUUUGCAUUUGGAGUUUGGGUUGGCACUGCGGAGUUCCCCCACUGAGCACCUCAGAUGAGUCUAGGAAAAGCUGCACUGUUGGGAUGGCCACCAUGAUUCUUACCCUGCUCUCAUCAGCUUGGUUCCCAUUGGAUCUCUCAGCCCAUCAAGAUGCAUUGAUUUUGGCGGGAAACUUGCUCGCAGCCAGUGCCCCAAGGUCUCUGAGAAGCUCAUGGGCCACUGAAGAAGAAGCCAACCCCACAGCCGCCAGACAGGAGGAGGCCUGGCCCGCUCUGGGGGACCGGGCACUGGUGCCCAUGCUAGAGCAGCUUUUCUCUCACCUGCUGAAGGUGAUUAACAUCUGUGCUCACGUUCUGGACGAUGUGGCUCCUGGACCAGCAAUCAAGGCAGCUUUGCCUUCUCUAACAAACCCCCCUUCUCUAAGUCCUAUCCGACGAAAGGGAAAGGAGAAAGAACCAGGAGAACAAGCAUCUGCUCCACUGAGUCCCAAGAAAGGUGGCGAGGCCAGUGCAGCCUCUCGACAAUCAGAUACCUCAGGGCCUGUAACAGCAAGUAAAUCCUCUUCAUUGGGGAGUUUCUACCAUCUCCCCUCCUACCUCAAAUUGCAUGAUGUCUUGAAAGCCACUCAUGCCAACUAUAAGGUCACCUUGGAUCUUCAGAACAAUACUGAAAAGUUUGGGGGGUUCCUGCGCUCUGCCUUGGAUGUUCUUUCUCAGAUUCUAGAGCUGGCGACACUGCAAGACAUCGGAAAGUGUGUUGAAGAGAUCCUUGGAUACCUGAAGUCCUGCUUUAGUCGAGAACCAAUGAUGGCGACUGUCUGUGUUCAGCAGCUAUUGAAGACUCUGUUUGGAACAAACUUGGCCUCCCAGUUUGAUGGUUUGUCUUCCAACCCCAGCAAGUCUCAAGGCCGAGCACAGCGCCUUGGCUCUUCCAGUGUGAGGCCAGGGCUGUACCACUGCUGCUUCAUGGCUCCGUACACCCAUUUCACGCAGGCCCUAGCUGAUGCCAGCCUGAGGAGCAUGGUGCAGGUGGAGCAGGAGCAUGACUCCUCAGGAUGGUUUGAUGUACUUCAGAAAGUGUCCACCCAAUUGAAGACAAACCUCACAAGUGUCACAAAGAACCGUGCAGAUAAGAAUGCUAUUCACAAUCACAUUCGCUUAUUUGAGCCUCUCGUUAUAAAAGCUUUAAAGCAGUACACCACCACAACAUCUGUGCACCUGCAGAGGCAGGUUUUGGAUUUACUGGCGCAACUGGUUCAGCUACGGGUCAAUUACUGUCUGCUGGAUUCGGAUCAGGUGUUCAUUGGAUUUGUGUUGAAACAAUUUGAAUACAUUGAAGUAGGCCAGUUCAGGGAAUCAGAGGCAAUUAUUCCAAACAUCUUUUUCUUCCUUGUGUUACUGUCUUAUGAGCGCUACCAUUCAAAACAGAUCAUUGGAAUUCCUAAGAUCAUUCAGCUGUGUGAUGGCAUCAUGGCCAGUGGGAGGAAAGCUGUCACACAUGCCAUACCAGCUCUGCAGCCCAUAGUGCAUGACCUUUUCGUGUUAAGAGGGACAAAUAAAGCUGAUGCAGGGAAAGAGCUUGAAACCCAGAAGGAGGUGGUGGUGUCAAUGUUGUUGAGACUCAUCCAGUACCAUCAGGUGCUGGAGAUGUUCAUCCUAGUCCUGCAGCAGUGCCACAAGGAGAAUGAAGAUAAGUGGAAACGCCUAUCUCGGCAGGUCGCUGACAUCAUCCUGCCCAUGUUAGCCAAGCAGCAGAUGCAUAUUGACUCUCACGAAGCCCUUGGGGUGUUGAAUACUCUGUUUGAGAUUGUGGCCCCCUCCUCCCUCCGUCCCGUGGAUAUGCUGUUGAGGAGUAUGUUUGUCACUCCAAGCACAAUGGCCUCUGUGAGCACUGUUCAGCUGUGGAUAUCUGGAAUCCUCGCCAUUCUGAGGGUUCUGAUUUCCCAGUCAACCGAAGAUAUUGUUCUUUCCCGUAUUCAGGAGCUCUCCUUCUCUCCAUACUUAGUCUCCUGUCCAGUAAUUAACAGGCUAAGAGAUGGGGUCAGUGAUCCAACACUGGGAGAACACAGUGAAGGAAAACAGAUGAAGAGCUUGCCAGAAGAAACAUUCUCAAGGUUUCUGUUACAACUGGUUGGUGUUCUCUUGGAGGACAUCGUCACCAAGCGGCUGAAAGUGGAAGUGAGUGAGCAGCAGCUUACUUUCUACUGCCAGGAGCUAGGCACGCUGCUCAUGUGUCUCAUCCACAUCUUUAAGUCUGGAAUGUUCCGGAGAAUCACAGCAGCUGCCAGUAGACUCUUCACCAGCGAUGGCUGUGAGGGCAGCUUCUAUACCCUGGAGAGCCUGAAUGUGCGGGUGCGCUCCAUGGUGCCCACACACCCAGCCCUUGUGCUGCUCUGGUGUCAGAUCCUGCUGCUUGUCAACCACACCGACCACCGCUGGUGGGCAGAGGUGCAGCAGACGCCCAAGAGACACAGUCUCUCCUGCACGAAGUCGCUUAGCCCCCAGAAGACUGGUGAGGACGAGGAUUCUGACUCAGCUGCCCAACUUGGAAUGUGCAAUAGAGAGAUAGUGCGAAGAGGGGCCCUCAUUCUCUUCUGUGAUUAUGUUUGUCAGAACCUCCACGACUCGGAGCACUUAACAUGGCUCAUCGUGAAUCACAUUCAAGAUCUGAUCAGCCUUUCCCAUGAGCCUCCGGUGCAGGACUUUAUUAGUGCCGUUCAUCGAAAUUCUGCUGCGAGUGGCCUUUUCAUCCAGGCAAUUCAGUCUCGUUGUGAAAAUCUGUCAACUCCAACCACCCUGAAGAAAACACUUCAGUGCUUGGAAGGCAUUCAUCUCAGCCAGUCAGGUGCCGUGCUCACGCUGUAUGUGGACAGGCUCCUGGGCACCCCCUUCCGUGCGCUGGCUCGCAUGGUUGAUACCCUGGCCUGUCGCCGGGUGGAAAUGCUUUUGGCUGCAAAUUUACAGAGCAGCAUGGCCCAGUUGCCAGUGGAAGAACUGAACAGAAUCCAGGAGCACCUCCAGAGCAGCGGGCUUGCACAGAGACACCAAAGGCUCUAUUCCCUGCUGGACAGGUUUCGACUUUCCACAGUGCAAGACUCCCUCAGCCCCUUGCCCCCGGUUACUUCCCACCCGCUGGACGGGGAUGGGUGCAUGUCAUUGGAAUCAGUGAAUCCAGACAAAGAUUGGUACCUCCGCCUCGUGAGAGCCCAUUGUUGGACCAGGUCAGAUUCUGCACUGCUGGAAGGUGCAGAGCUGGUGAAUCGCAUCCCUGCCGAAGACAUGAGUGUCUUCAUGAUGAACUCGGAGUUCAACCUAAGCCUAUUGGCUCCAUGCUUAAGCCUUGGCAUGAGUGAAAUUGCUAGUGGCCAGAAGAGUCCCCUUUUUGAAGCAGCACGUGGGGUGACUCUGGACCGAGUGACCAGCAUCGUUCAGCAGCUUCCUUCUGUCCAUCAAGUCUUCCAGCCUUUCCUGCCCUCAGAGACCACAGCCUACUGCAGCAAGUUGAAUGAUCUAUUUGGGGAUGCAGUGUUCUACCAGUCCCUGACCAUGCUGGCUCGGGCCCUGGCGCAGUACCUGGUAGUGGUCUCCAAAGUGCCUGCUCAUUUGCACCUUCCUCCUGAGAAGGAGACUGACACGGUGAAGUUCGUGGUGAUGACCCUUGAGGCCCUGUCAUGGCAUUUGAUCCAUGAGCAGAUCCCACUGAGUCUGGAUCUCCAGGCAGGACUGGACUGCUGCUGCCUGGCACUGCAGGUGCCCAGCCUCUGGAGUGUGAUCUCCUCCUCAGAGUUUGUGACCCAUGCCUGCUCUCUCAUCCACUGCGUGCGAUUCCUCCUGGAAGCCAUUGCAGUGCAGCCUGGUGACCAGCUUCUCAGUCCAGAAAGCAGAACGGGUACUCUGAGGAUUGUGGCAGAGGAGGACAUGGACUCAGACACACCAAGUCCCAGGCACGUCACCACAGCCUGCGAGAUGGUGGCAGAGAUGGUGGAAUCCCUGCAGUCCGUGCUGGCCUUGGGUCACAAGAGAAACAAAAGCAUGCCCACGUUCCUCACAGCUGUGCUCAAGAACAUCGUGGUCAGCCUGGCCCGCCUCCCCCUCGUCAAUAGCUACACUCGUGUGCCCCCGCUGGUGUGGAAACUUGGAUGGUCACCCAAGCCAGGAGGGGAUUUUGGCACAGUGUUCCCUGAGAUCCCUGUGGAGUUUCUCCAAGAGAAGGAGAUCUUGAAGGCAUUCAUCUACCGUAUCAACACCCUAGGAUGGACCAGUCGUACCCAGUUUGAAGAAACUUGGGCCACCCUCCUUGGUGUCUUGGUGACCCAGCCUCUUGUGAUGGAGCAGGAGGAGAGCCCGCCAGAGGAAGACACGGAAAGGACCCAGAUCCAUGUCCUGGCUGUGCAGGCCAUCACCUCCCUGGUGCUCAGUGCAAUGACUGUGCCUGUGGCUGGCAACCCAGCUGUGAGCUGCUUGGAGCAGCAGCCCAGGAACAAGCCCUUGAAAGCUCUCGAUACCAGGUUUGGGAGAAAGCUGAGCGUGAUCAGGGGGAUUGUGGAGCAGGAAAUUCAAGCAAUGGUUUCCAAGAGAGAGAAUGUCGCCACCCAUCAUUCUUACCAGGCGUGGGAUCCCGUCCCCUCUCUGUCACCAGCUACUACAGGUGCCCUCAUCAGCCACGACAAGCUGCUGUUGCAGAUCAACCCAGAGCGGGAGCUGGGCAACAUGAGCUAUAAGCUGGGCCAGGUGUCCAUACACUCAGUGUGGCUGGGGAACAACAUCACGCCUCUGAGAGAGGAGGAGUGGGACGAGGAGGAGGAGGAGGAGGCCGAUGUUCCUGCACCAGCAUCUCCACCAGUGUCUCCAGUCAACUCCAGGAAACACCGGGCUGGAGUUGACAUCCACUCCUGUUCGCAGUUUUUGCUUGAAUUGUACAGCCGAUGGAUCCUGCCGUCCAGUUCAGCCAAAAGAACCCCUGUCAUCCUAGUCAGUGAAGUGGUUCGAUCUCUUCUUGUGGUCUCAGACUUGUUCACUGAACGCACCCAGUUUGAGAUGAUGUAUCUGACACUGACGGAACUGCGGAGGGUGCACCCUUUGGAAGACGAGAUCCUUGUUCAGUACCUGGUGCCCGCCAUCUGUACAGCAGCUGUCCUCGGAAUGGACAAGGCUGUGGCAGAGCCAGUCAGCCGCCUGCUAGAGAGCACACUCAGGAGCAGCCACCUGCCUAGCCAGAUUGGAGCCCUGCAUGGCAUCCUCUACGUGCUAGAGUGUGACCUCCUUGAUGAUACUGCAAAGCAGCUCAUCCCAGUUGUCAGUGACUAUCUUCUGUCCAACCUGAAAGGAACAGCCCACUGUGUGAACAUUCACAGCCAGCAGCAUGUGCUGGUGAUGUGUGCCACUGCAUUCUACCUGAUUGAGAACUACCCUCUGGAUGUGGGGCCAGAAUUUUCAGCAUCGGUAAUACAGAUGUGUGGGGUGAUGCUGUCUGGCAGUGAAGAGUCUACACCCUCUACCGUUUACCACUGUGCCCUCCGAGGCCUAGAGCGCCUCCUACUGUCUGAACAGCUCUCCCGACUGGACGCAGAAUCCCUGGUCAAGCUGAGUGUGGACAGAGUGAACGUGCACAGCCCUCACAGGGCCAUGGCAGCCCUGGGCCUGAUGCUCACCUGCAUGUACACAGGAAAAGAGAAAGCCAGUCCUGGCAGAGCCUCUGACCCUAACCCUGCAGCGCCAGACAGUGAGUCUGUUAUCGUUGCCAUGGAGCGGGUAUCAGUUCUGUUCGAUAGGAUCAGGAAGGGGUUUCCCUGUGAAGCCAGGGUGGUGGCAAGGGUCCUGCCUCAGUUCCUGGAUGACUUCUUCCCACCCCAGGAUGUCAUGAACAAAGUCAUUGGAGAGUUUCUGUCCAACCAACAGCCAUACCCACAGUUUAUGGCUACCGUAGUGUACAAGGUCUUUCAGACUCUGCACAGUGCCGGACAGUCAUCUAUGGUUCGGGACUGGGUUAUGCUGUCCCUGUCCAACUUUACACAGAGAACCCCAGUUGCCAUGGCUGUGUGGAGUCUCUCCUGCUUCUUCGUCAGCGCGUCUACUAGCUCGUGGGUUUCAGCAAUCCUUCCACAUGUCAUCAGCAGAAUGGGCAAGCUGGAGCAGGUGGAUGUGAACCUUUUCUGCUUGGUUGCCACAGACUUCUACAGACACCAGAUAGAGGAGGAGUUCGACCGCAGAGCCUUCCAGUCUGUGUUUGAGGUGGUUGCAACACCUGGAAGUCCAUACCACCGGCUGCUUACUUGUUUGCAAAAUGUCCACAAGGUCACCACCUGCUGAGCACCUGUGGCAGCAGAGGCUGAGAGGGGGUGGCUGCAGUGGUCGGAGCAUCCGGAAGCCUGCACCAAGAGCCUGCCUCUGCUAGGUCUGCCUGGGUCACUGCAGACUUGUUUGCAUCUUGCAACCAGGCAGUGUGUGUGUCUGCCCCAUGACAGCAGGGCAGUACUCUGCAGCAAGGGGCUGUGCAGGGAACAUGUGGUGUGUAGGGUGGAACCUGAGUUCUGUGUUCUGGCCUUGCUAUAGCUGGUGGCAGUGCCAGUUGGCUGGCAUUUAUCUUUCUCCUACUGUUCACCUGUCCAUGGUCCCUAGAUGGCAGUUGCCCUUCUGUGUGGGACAGAAGUCCUGGCUCUUGCAGGUUGGCCCUGAGCCCUCCCGUCCCAUAGGUAGGCACUCUGCCAGUGAGUUGGAGAGCACUCCCCAACAUCUCCCCGCAGGGCGCGCCUGCCACACCAGUGUCUGCACACAGACGCCGUGGUGUAAGGUGGGCCGGGGACUGGGGGCGCCAGACGCCCAGCGCCAUUCUCCCUUUCUCUGUUCUUCUCAGGACUUAAAGUUUAAUUAUAUCAGUAAAGAGAUUAAUUUUAACAUACUCUUCUUAUGCCCGUGUAAAGUGUGUGAUUUUCAAGGCCUGUGCUGCAUGUGACAAAACCCAUGGAAGGGGGCAGGCCCUCUGACCUCUGCUUUCUCUCCUGCAGCUAUUCAAUCUGGUCAGACAGGUGCAUCACAGAGCCCCCUAAUACCUAAUGAUGGCACUUCCAUUGCACGUUUCCCUUUUUUAUGCAUUGGCAUUUAGUUAGAAUGCAGAGAGGUGUUAAUGUCAGGUCCCCACAGCAGGAGUCCUCCCUUGGGCUGGCUCCAAGGGUUGAGGAUUGCUGCUGUCCCCCAUCUUUGGUGUGCCAGGCUUGUACUCACCAUGGCACCCCCUCCUCAGGCACCACUCAGUUUCUCACUAGGAAGGGGUAAGGCUUUGCUGUCACUUAGCCCACCUGGCCAUGAGCAGUCUCUGCUGUGGUCUCAAGUUGAUCCCAGGCUAUGGUCUGCCCCAGAUCUGGCUGGCCAGUGUUGAAUUUGCUGACCCCCUGCCUCUUUCACACAUUGAAGCCCAGAUAGGUGCCUGGCCUGGCAGCCCCAAGGGUGUCACUGAGCUGUAUUUUGUCUGGGAUCCUCUUCAUCAGUAACAAAGCUUGGUGUCCUGGUGACUCUUAAGGCUGGAUCUCAGCACCUCUUCUGCCCAGAAUUGUGCGGAGCUAUGCCCCUCAGAGGCCGGGACGGGGGGCUGUCCAUCUCAGGCAGAAUGAGAUGGCAAGGAGGAAGGGUCGAUGAUAGGUCAGCUUCUAGCUUAGGGACAACUCCACAUACCUAUGAGAGCCACUGCUUCAACCCAAGAUCCUGGGCCCUGGACUAGCCCAAAGUAGUUAAGUCAUGUAAGUGAAAAUGAGUCCUGGACAGCAGGGCUGCCCUUGAUUUCCUGGCUUGCUUUGGGAGUUCUGCUUGCUGUUUGGCCAUGUGAUAGGACAGGUGAUCUGCUUUUCCACUCCCCCAGAGGCAGGCCUGGCUAGUUCGGUGACUGCUGUGCUAAUCAGUUUGGUCAUAGUAAUGGAUGGUUCAGGUGUUGAGCAUGGUAGAUGGAGAUAAUGUGGAGCUCUUUUCCAGUCUGCACAGGAGAGAGCUUUCAGUCCAGGUUAAUUAACUGCACUCAGUUCCUACAGCACUGCCUUGAGACCCUCAAGCUUCCUUCUGUCCCUCCUCCCAUUGCAGCAGUCGGAGGGUAACUGGGAUGAGGUUUCCCUGUCACUUAGCCCACCUGGCCGUGAGCAGUCUCUGCUGCAUCCAGAGGUGCUAGCCAUGUUCCUCCAGCUGAGCUGAACUGAUCCCAGGCUGCAUUCUGCCCCGGAGCUGGCUGGCUUGAACUUUCUGUCCCCCUUCCUCUUUUGCACAGUGGGGCCCAGGGUUGCUCACUGCCCACAUAUGUGGGGGAGCCCACAGGGAGCCCCCUCCUUAGAGCAGCAUGAGACUGCUCCCACCAGACCUGGCAGAGGCUUCCCCAAGUGGGACCAGUGGUGUGUGGGAUAACAUGAACCACAGAAAUGGAUCCAGUUUUUGAAAAGUACCUUGAGGGAAGCUACUGACUUUUAACAAAAAGUAAGAAAGUCACCAGUUCUCUCUUAGUGAUUUGGAACUCCUGCUUUCCUUCCCAGCUUUUCCCCAGAAAGAUUGCUGGAAGUGUUUGUGGACCAUGGGAAAGUUGUCAGAACGUGCUGCUGCUCCACCCCAGCUUGCUCCAGCAGCUCCCAGGCAGCAGAA